AUGAAGUGGCUUAUGAUCCUCGGGUUGGUGGCUCUCUCAGAAUGCUUGGUCAAAAUCCCUCUGAUGAUCAAAUCCAUUCGAGAAAACCUCCGGGAAAAUGGCAUGCUGAAAGAUUAUCUUGAGAAAUAUCCUUACAACCUGGCCUAUAAGUUUCUUCAUCAAUAUCAGGAUAACAGAAUAUCUUUGGAACCCAUGAGGAACUACCUGGAUCUGGUCUAUGUUGGCAUCAUCACCAUCGGAACACCGCCUCAGGAAUUCAAGGUCAUCCUGGACACAGGUUCCACUGACUUGUGGGAGCCCUCCAUCUACUGCGUCAGUCAAGCCUGCACUAACCACAACAUCUUCAACCCUCUGCCGUCCUCCACGUUCCAGGUCUCAGGCCGGCCCAUCAACAUAGCCUAUGGCACCAGGCAGAUGUUGGGAUUUCUUGGCUAUGACAAUGUUAAGAUCGGGGACCUUGUGGACAUAGGCCAGGGGUUCGGCCUGAGUGUCAAGGAGCCCGGCAAGUUCAUGAGAUACGCCGUCUUCGACGGCAUCCUGGGACUGGGCUACCCCAGCCUUGACGUAGAAGUAGCCACCUCCGUCUUUGAUAACCUGUGGAACCAAGGCCUCCUUUCUCAAAACCUCUUUGCCUUCUACUUGAGUAACAAGGAAGAGAAGGGCAGCAUGCUGAUGCUCGGUGGGGUGGACUCCUCCUACUAUACCGGAAACCUGAACUGGGUCCCAGUGUCCAAACUCCUCUACUGGCAGAUAGCCAUGGACAGCAUCAGCAUAAACGGGAAGGUCAUUGCUUGUGAUGGCAGCUGCCAAGCCAUUGUUGACACCAGGACCUCUUUGCUGAUUGGCCCACAGAACUCUAUCCAUGACAUCCGGAAGAAGAUCAAUGCCCAGCACUACUUCAGUAGUGAGUACAUCAUCAAAUGUGACACCAUCAACACCCUGCCUGACCUCAUCUUCACCAUCAACGGCAUCAAUUACCCAGUACCAGCCAGUGCCUACAUCCAGCAGCAUCGUCCAGACAUCUGUUACAGCAAAUUUGAAAAGUACGUUGACCCAUCGCCCAACGCAAACACCUGGGUCCUGGGAGACGUUUUCCUGAGGCUGUAUUUCAGCGUUUCUGAUUGGGCAAACAGUAAGACUGGCCUGGCUCCUGCAGUGUAA